AUGGAUUUAAAUGUUGAUGCUAUUAUAUCGAAUAUUAGAAAUGGAAAGCUUAUUCAAGAACAUGAAGCUAUAGCAUUACUUACCAAACUCCAAGAAAUCUUAUUUACAGAGGCAAAUAUCUUAGAAUUGACAUCUCCUAUUACAAUUUGCGGUGAUAUUCACGGACAGUUGUACGAUUUAUUCCAGUUGUUCGAAACUACAACUCCUAAAGGUGUUAGUUCAACAAAAUGGCUUUUUAUGGGCGAUUAUGUUGAUCGAGGUAGAUUUUCAAUGGAAACAUUUGCUUAUUUAGCAGCACAUAAGAUAAAAUAUCCAAAACAAUUCUUUUUACUCCGUGGAAACCACGAAUGCCGUCAAGUUAAUCAAAAAUACGGAUUUUACGAAGAAACAUUAUCAAAUUUUGGCCAUAGUGGCAUUUGGUCACUAUGCAAUGAAGCUUUCGAUCUACUUCCUGUUGCUGCCGUCAUAGAUAACAAAAUUUUUAGUGUUCAUGGCGGUUUGUCUCCUAGUGUCAUCAUGUAUCAAAGUGCAUAUUUGAUGGAUCGUCAAGAUGAACUUCCUUCCAGCGGUGCUCUUUGCGAUUUACUUUGGAGUGAUCCAGAUACAGAUAUAAACAGUUGGAAAGAGAGUCCCAGAGGUGCAGGAUAUCUAUUUGGCGAAAGACAAGUCGAAGAGUUCUGUCAUAAUAAUAAAAUAGACUUAAUUACAAGAUCUCACCAACUGGCAGCGAAUGGUUAUCAAUGGUACUUUGACGAUAAGCUAAUAACUGUCUGGUCAGCGCCCAACUAUAUGUAUAGGUCAGGAAAUAAAGCUACGGUUCUUAGAUAUGAACCUGGACAAGCUAAAGAAUAUAAUUUAAUAUUCUUCGAUUUUUGCCCAUUGGAUAAGAGAAAAAUGCCAAUGGAUGUUACAAUUUCGCCAUAUUUCUUGUAA